UGCUCAUUAACAUAGCUUACUCACUAAAGAGUAUACAAUUUAUUACUUAUGAUCCAAACAUUAUUGUAAAAGUCUAACCAAUAAACAUAAUUAGUUUUGUAAUAUUUGCAAACAAAUGAAUCGAGUACAAUUCCAUUGAAAGUCAUAUCACAGUUUGUAUGCAACGUUUGCCCGGUUUUAAAUUACACUCUCAAACUGAUUCGAGUUCUAUAAAAGCGAUGAAACUGCUUAAUUGCAGUUUUAGUGUUGUGUUCAAGUCGAAGAUGGGAAAGUCCUGCGAGACUAUGUUGCUAGCCCUUUUACUUCUGGCCAGCUAUGCCAUCAUCUAUAUGCAUUUCUGGAAACCUCGUUGCAUUAAACCCUUUGUUGAGAUUGGAAGUAGCUGCUACUUUUUCUCUACCAACAAGGCACCCACCUAUGAGUACUAUAAGGUGUCUUACAAGGGUCGCAUAUAUAGUGUGCCAGCCAUGCUUGACUGGUUGCACGCGGGAUUCGCAUGCGAGGCAAUAGAUUCCAAUGCCCGAUUGGUGAGCAUCGAAUCCGCUGAGGUGAUGCGCAACCUGGCCAACUUUAUGCUCCACUCUGCCCAUGCCAACACUCAUCCGCACUUCUGGAGUGGCGGACAUCGUGGUAAUCUGGCUGCCAAGGUAUUCGACCAUCUCAGCAUGAAGAACUUUUACUGGCACAACGAACUCCAUCCCAUGAACUACACCAACUUUCUUCAGCAUGAUCCAGAUGGCGGAAGCAAACGUUACCCGAAUGGAUACUGUGUUUACCUCGACUUCUUGAAAUCCGAUCUGGUUAUGCGAUCAGCUAAUUGUAAACAUCAAAUGGCCUUUGUCUGCGAGUUGCCCUGGCAACGAUGAAUCUUUUAUAGAAACAAAGAGAACGCAAUAGAACGCUUUCAUAGAAAUGAUUAAUAUAAUUAUAGAAUAUAAACAUCGUGAUGAUACUUAGCAAGGGUAUCAGCUUUCUAAGAAUCUAGAAUAGGCUCGAUUGAAAAAUAGAUUAGAUUUUACUAAAACUAAAAAUCAGCAAUAGUUACUCAAGAAUUCAGAUUCAUCGAUUUCUAAAUUGAAUCAUUUAAUAUGUUUACGA